GGAAAGGGAUGAAUGUUAAUUUCAAAGAUGGCGGCGGAAGGAGGAGGGAAGGAGAUGAACGAAAUUAAAACUCAGUUCACCACUCGGGAAGGCGUCUACAAACUCCUCACUCACUCCGAAUACAGCCGCCCCAACAGGGUGCCUUUCAACUCGCAGGGCUCCAACCCGGUUAAGGUCUCCUUCGUGAACGUCAACGACCAGUCGGGUAACGGCGACAGGAUCUGUUUCAAUGUGGGCCGRGAGCUCUACUUCUACAUCUACAAAGGCGUUAGAAAGGCUGCUGACUUAAGCAAGCCCAUAGAUAAGCGCAUUUACAAGGGGACGCAGCCGACGUGUCAUGACUUCAACCAUCUCACAGCGACAGCGGAGAGUGUAUCCCUGCUGGUUGGUUUCUCGGCGGGACAGGUACAGCUCAUCGACCCCAUCAAGAAGGAGACAAGUAAACUCUUCAAUGAGGAGAGAUUGAUAGACAAGUCCAGAGUAACCUGUGUGAAAUGGGUGCCGGGAUCUGAAAGCUUGUUCCUGGUCUCUCAUGCCAGUGGGAAUAUGUACCUCUACAAUGUGGAGCACACCUGUGGCACCACGGCACCCCAUUACCAGCUGCUCAAACAGGGGGAGAACUACUCCGUACACACUUGCAAGAGCAAAUCCACGKGGAAUCCUCUCCUGAAAUGGACAGUUGGGGAAGGAGCUCUGAAUGAGUUUGCUUUCUCUCCGGAUGGGAAAUUCCUUGCUUGUGUAAGCCAAGAUGGCUUUCUAAGGGUCUUUAACUUUGAUGCCGUGGAGCUUCACGGCACCAUGAAGAGCUAUUUUGGCGGCUUGUUGUGUGUGUGCUGGAGCCCUGACGGAAAGUACAUAGUCGCCGGUGGCGAGGACGAUUUAGUGACUGUGUGGUCGUUCUUGGACUGCAGAGUCAUAGCUCGAGGUCACGGCCACAAGUCGUGGGUGAGCGUGGUGGCGUUUGACCAUUACACCACCAGCGUAGAGGAAAGCGACCCAAUGGAGUUCAGCGGCAGUGACGAGGACUUCCAGGAUCAGAUGAUUCACUUUGGAAGAGAUCGGGCCAACAGUACCCAGUCUCGACUUUCCAAGCGCAACUCUACGGAUAGUCGGCCCGUUAGCGUGACYUACCGGUUUGGCUCAGUGGGCCAGGACACUCAGCUGUGCCUUUGGGACCUCACUGAGGAUAUCCUCUUCCCCCAUCUUCCUCUUUCAAGGACACGGACACAUACUAACGUGAUGAAUGCUACUAGCCCUCCUGCAGGCGCUACAAUUAUCACUAACACCUCUAGUAACACUACUAAUGGAAACAACAGUGGUGCCAAUACUCCUGGCAUUAACUCCGUCUCUGCUACGUUACCACGCUCCAACAGCCUGCCCCAUUCAGCCGGCACCACGACAGCGAACAGUACCAACAAGGCCAGCAGCGGGGGCGGUGGAAUCGGCGGCGGAAUCAUGGACAGUGCCAUCGCUACCGGCGUGAGCAAAUUUGCCACUCUCUCACUCCACGACCGGAAGGAGCGCCACCACGAAAAGGACCACAAACGCAACCACAGCAUGGGUCACAUCAGCAGCAAGAGCAGCGACAAGCUCAACCUGCUGACGAAAACCAAAACGGACCCCGCUAAGACACUGGGCACUUUGCUCUGCCCGCGCAUGGAGGACGUGCCCCUCCUCGAGCCCCUCAUCUGUAAAAAAAUAGCACACGAGAGACUGACUGUACUCAUAUUUUUAGAGGACUGUUUAGUGACUGCUUGUCAGGAGGGAUUUAUUUGCACAUGGGCGAGGCCAGGCAAAGUGGGUUUACUGUCAUCCCAAAACCAAGCCAGCUCUCCCAGUGGAACAGUAGUAUAGCCACAAUAUUUCUGCUGCUAAAGAACCCUGCAACCCAGAGUCUGAUGCUGCUCUUCACCCUGCAAGCAUUGCAAGUUUUGCUUUUCUUUUUCUUUAUAUAUAUUUUUUACCCUUCCCUCUCCCAGUUUUGUUUAUGGCUUUUCUGUUUGUUUGUUUGUUUUUUAUUUAAUUUAUCACUCACUUGACUUAGGGGACAAACUAAACAGGGGAAGGUGUAGUGCAAUUUUUGACUGUUGCGCUAUUGUUGUAUUCUCUGGAGUUUUAACACAUUUUAGGUUUUUUUUUUAUUAUUUAAUUUUUUUUUGUCUCAGAUCUAAUCAGACUGUUAUUCUCUCUGGAAUUAAAGCUUGGCUUUGUUAAUUGCAGACCACACAGUUGUGUCUUGAGAUUAAAAACAAUAGUUUCUUAUUCCACAUACAUCCUGACUACAAUCUGAAUUUUGAAAGAACUCUCCUUUUUAUGAACAAUUGCGUGAGCGUUUGGGGAAAAAAAAAAAAAGAAAAGCGUUCAUCCACUUUUGCCCUCCACUUCUGUCCUUCCUUGUCUAGAAUCUCCCUGUUGAUGACUUUGCACUGAUUUUUUUGUUUUUAUAACUACUCUAACGAAACAGAAACAAGGGUUGAGGAUUGCCUUGUUGCACUUGGCUUUAACAUCCUUAGUCUUGAAUUCUGAAUCUAUAAAAGCAGGAUGCUGCAGUCAUAGUGUUUUUAAAUAAAAUAAAACAAAAAAAAAUGGUUUGCACUUAAAUUUAGUUUAUUAGAAAAAAAGGCUUUACAUUUUUGGYUGUGAAAAGAACUCACAAAUGGCUAAUACAGUAGAUGGAAAAAAAGAUGAGAAAAUUAAAACCUUUAUCUAUUGAGCAUUUAUUUUAAUAUUAUUUCAGAUUUAAAUCUGCUCUGUAUCAUAAUGUGUAUAUUGUAAUUAAUUGAUUUGAUGGGGGCCUAAGCAAACUACCAUUACUCCAAUGGAAGUUUUGUCAUUGAUAGUUAUAUUUCUAAAGCCUAAAGUAUACAUAUUAAUAAUAUUAAAAUAAUCUUGAAUACGCUG